ACAAUGUUAUUGUGUGAACAGUAGACGCAAAAUUAAAAGUUAAAGCAUAAUGGCUGCUAUUCAUUUACUGCUUCAAAUAAUACUGAAGGCCUACAUUUCCAACGCAUCUUGGAAUAAUUGUAUUUUGCAAAUUUCUUCAACUGCACAAAAAACAUUAAUAAAAAACUAUGAAAACAUCAGUAGCUACUAUUUAACCAACUCAUCACUUUUUAGUCAAAUUCCUGAACGUUGUGAAUGCUUUAUAAUUUGGGACAUUGAAAAUAAAUCGAGCAACUUUACAGAAACCAUACUACAAAGUAUUGAUGACCAGCUGCUUUAUGGAAACAUUAGUUUUCGUUAUAAUAAUCGUAUAAUUAUUGUUGUGACUGAUAGAAACGGUAACUCAAUGGACCACAUUAUAUCAACAAAAAGUUUACAUUUUGUAAUGCACUUUUUACUACUGUUAUGGGAUGGUAGAAACAUAAACCCGAAUGAAACUGACAGUAAAAAUCUUUUUCUUCACAAAUUUGUGCCUGCCAUAUAUAAAAAUUGCAGUGAAAUUAAUUUAUUUACACAUAAAUACGUUGGUCUCAACGGUGAGCAACCAGUCUUAUUGGAUACAUUUGAGUCAUGUACCAAUACAUUUAAAAAUGAUGCUGUUUUGUUUCCUGAUAAGUUAUCAAAUCAACAUGGUCGACCAUUAAGAAUACAUUCUUCUGAAGUUAUUAUACCGCGCGUAAAUAUUAGUACGUUAUACCUCAUCGUUAUAAAUGUAUGUAUAUAUCUAAAGUGUGGUAUUUUAGCAACAAAAUCUGGUUCGUUGAUGAAAAUUACAAUGGAAUACGUUAUAAGCCCAGAAGAAGUAUUUAAACUUUUUCCUAGUGGACUAUCUGAUCUCACAACAAGACCACUUUACUUAACAGCUAAAAGAUAUGCUGACCAAGAUGCAACUGCAAUUACAUUUCAAUAUGAAGUUAGCGUUCUGGUACCUAAGGCUAAACAAAUAGAUAGUUUAACUGUUUUUACCUUGGAGUUUUCCACUGGUGCAUGGAUUUUAUUUAUUGUGACACUGAGUAUUCAAACGGCUACUUUGAUAUUAAUCAAGAGGUUUAUUAUAAAUCUCCAGAGAGUAAUACCUAAUGUUAAACCAAGUUUGGUUUGCAUUAUAGCUAUUCAGCAUCCUGUUCCAGCUUCUGAGUUACCAAAGAUCCCUAUAUUGCGUUCAUUUACAGCCGCCAUACUAAUACAAGCCAUUCUUGUGGUUUCUAUGUAUACAUCUCAUCUUGCCAGUAACUUUACUGAUCCAAAUUACGUCGGUGAAAUUAAUACAGUGGAAGAAUUUGCUGAAAGUGAUUUAGAAUGGGGAAGCACUGAAGGAAACUACGCGUUGCCACUAGAAACUGAUCCAAAAAGAGUUUCUCAAAUAAUAUAUCAGAAAUGUAAACAUUUGUCUUGGGAAGAAAUUAAACGACGUGUAGACUCUGUUGAUAACUAUGCAAUCAUUGUCCUUCGAUAUCUUGAUGACUUCUGGGGAGUUGAAACUUAUGUGGACAAAACAAAUAUUAUGCAAUAUAAAUAUAUAAGAGAUAAUUUUUUUGCUGCAUAUAACGCUGCGUAUUUACGCCGUAGUUCCGUGUUAACAACAUCCGUAUCAAAUUUUAUAAUGCGCGCGUUUGAUACAGGACUUAUAGAAAUCUGGGAUCGACAAGCAGUUUUUCUAGAAAUGGGAAAACAAGUGCAGAGAUAUUUAAACAGUGAUAUACACGAAAAACACCCGACAAAACUAACCCUCCAACAUCUGACUAGCAUUUUCUUUGUGUUGGCAGGCGGAAUUAUUAUUGCAGGUUUUGUAUUUAUUGGUGAAAUAAUUUCCACCUUGAAUAUUGUAAGAAAACAAAAGCAAAUAACUGUUAAAAGCAAGUAACGUUAUAGUGGGUAUUUGUAUUUACUCGGAAACUUAAGUAAAAUAUUGGCUAAAGACGUCAAAUGCUGUAAACAAACAAAUAAACAGGGCGUAUAUCAUUAUCAUAGCGCUGAUUAUAGUAUAUGUUUGCUUAAAAAUAGUUCAUG